AUGGCGACCCCUUCUCUGGCUGAAAAGCUGGACAAGAUCAAGUCCCCUGGACUUCAGAGUCAAAAGAGGACUGUCGUUGUACUCCAGGCCGUCGAGUCGACUCUCAAGGAACAGAACACGGCUCCCACACCAACAGGAUACUUUGCGGCUCUUCUCGCCCUUCUUCAGCAGGCGAACAGCAAUGACACUGUGAACCCAGAAUUGGCGACUCCCGUCGUCUACCUUCUCGACGUCGUUACGCCUUAUGCCCCACAACCUCUCCUUCGAUCCAAGUUCACACAGAUUCUUACUCUUCUCGCCCCGGUUCUUUUGUUGCAGGAUGCCGAGGCCAUGUUGUUGCGAUCGUCCAUAGGAUGUCUCGAAUCUCUUCUUUUGGCCCAGGAUGCGGCUUCUUGGGAGCUUUCUGUCUCUCAAAUCGGCCCUCGACGUGCUGUUGCUGGACUCUUGAACAUGUCUGUUGACCACCGACCGAAGGUGCGAAAGAGGUCGCAAGAUGCUCUGAAGAAGGUUCUUCGAAACCCGCCCCCGAGCCCUUCUCUGGAUCAUCCCGCUGCCGACAUGUGCGCCCAGACUGCUACCAAGAACCUCGAGGAUCUCGCCGGCAAGAUUGCGCAGGCGCGCAAGGGAAAGAAGGCCGAUGCUAGUCACGACCCUGCUAUGAUCCACGCCCUUCAACUGGUCAAGACUGUUGCGGCUGCCAGUGGUGGCUGGCCUAGCAAGAAGAUUGAGUCUCUGUGCGAGCUCCUCUUGGGCAUUGCCAAGAGCGGAAACGAGUACAUGACCAUGGCAGCUUUCGAAAUUUUCGAGAUGAUCUUCGAGGGUAUGACAGACGAGGUCUCAUCAGCCAAGCUCCCGCGACUUAUGGAAAUCAUCUCCGAAUUGCGACCAGCUGCCAACGACACCCAACUUGUUCCCCCGUGGCUCGCCAUUCUGUCCCGAGGAUACGAUGUUUCCGCCCAGGUCGAGCCUGAGGAGACUUUCCAGAACCUCCCCCAGCUGUUCGAUAUGGUCGCUCAGUUCCUCGAGGCACCCUCUGAGAACAUUCGAAUUUCCGCCUCAGAAUGUCUAGUUUCUUUCAUGGCCAACUGUAUCCCUCGAAAUGUCAUCCUCGAACCUUCAAUUUUCGACGAGAAGGUUCUCGAGAAGCUUGCCAAGUCAGCAGAGUCUCUUUUGACUGUUCAGUUCCAGGCUGCUUGGCUCCAGACUUUCAACGUUUUGGGAGCCAUGUUCGAUACUUUGAGAUGGAGGUCUUAUCCUAUCUUGAUGAACGUCACCAAGACUAUUGGUGAAAUCCGAGAGAACGGUUCUUUCCGCAACAAGAAGGAGGCCGACGAGGUUAUUGGAAAGGCUAUCCGAGCAAUGGGCCCCGAGGCUGUUCUCUCCAUUCUCCCUCUUAACCUCGCAAAGCCGGCAAAGGGCCAGCCAGGUCGUGCUUGGAUGUUCCCUAUUCUACGAGAUUACACUAGCAACACAAACCUAGCUCACUUCAAGAGUGAGAUGGUUCCUCUCAGUGAGGUUAUGUUCCAAAGGGUUCUUGACCAUGGACAGGCUGAGAAGACAAUGGAGGUCAAGAUUUACGAAACAGUUGUCCAGCAGAUCUGGUCUACUCUUCCCGGCUACUGCGAUCUUCCUCUGGAUCUUACCGAUGCUUUCGACCAGGGCUUCGCCGAGAUUUUGGCUAACCUCCUGUACAAGCAAGUUGAGUUGCGACUGGAUGUUUGCAGGGCACUCAAGACUCUGAUCGAAUCCAACCAAGCUAUUGCCAAUAUUGAGGACCAGGAGGAGGAUCUCGUUCUUCAGAGCCGAGUCAGCCGUGCUGAUGCCAAGAAAAACCUCCAGUACCUUUCCAACUUUGCAGGCAACAUGCUCGCAGUCCUCUUCAACGUUUACACGCAAACUCUUCCCCAAAGCCGAGGCCCUAUCCUUCAGACCAUCAACACCUUCCUCAGCAUCACACCCAACGCUGAGUUGAUGGAGACGUUCGACCGAGUCAGCACUAUGCUCGCCACUGAGUUAGAGAAGGAGAAGCCUGUGGAGAAGAAGAAAGAGAGCCAGAAGUCCAAGGAUCACAUGCCUUCAACAGCCCAGACAUUGAUGGAUCUCGUUAUCACAAUGUCCGUUUAUCUCCCCAGGGAAAGCUUCGCCGCUCUUUUCAAGAUUGCCGAAGUCAUCAUCAACAAGGAGGAGGAGCCUCAACUUCAGAAGAAGGCGUACAAGCUCAUCCCUCGCCUCGCGGAUUCUGAGAUCGGAAAAGCUGCUCUCCAGGAGAGAAGUGCUGAGCUCCAGCAACUUAUCGUCUCUAGCACUGAGAAAGUCUCAGCCCCUGCUCGACGAGAGCGCCUUGCUGCCAUCAUCGCCCUCCUACCUUUUAUUCCCGACACCUCCCUUCACUUCAUUCCUGCUGUGCUCAGCGAAGUUGUCAUCUCUUGCAAGGAGAACAAUGAGCGUGCCCGUGAGACAGCAUACGAGCUCCUCGUUCGCAUGGGACACCGUAUGGUCCAGGCUAACGGAACACUCAUCGACAACAGCAAGGUCCCUCACAUGCCUGAUGAUGCCCCUGCAGGAACCGCUAAUAUCGAAGAGUUCUUCACCAUGGUGAGCGCUGGUCUGGCUGGUAGCACCCCUCAUAUGAUCUCAGCUUCUAUCACAGCCAUCAGCCGACUUCUAUAUGAGUUCCGAAGCGAAUUGAGCGACGCUACUCUAUCUGAUUUGGUCCAGACCAUGGAUCUCUUCCUUACCUCUAACAACCGAGAGAUCGUCAAGAGCUGCUUGGGUUUCGUCAAGGUAUGCGUUAUCAGCCUCCCUGUCGAGCUCAUGCUUCCUCGCCUCUCAACUCUCGUGCCCAACCUUAUUGUCUGGAGUCACGAGCACAAGGGCCACUUCAAGGCCAAGGUCAAGCACAUCCUUGAGCGCAUGGUCCGUCGCUUUGGCUACGACAACAUUCACAAGAACACCCCUGAUGAUGACAAGAAAUUGAUUGUCAACAUCCGAAAGACCAAGGAGCGUUCUAAGAAGAAGAAGGAUGCUGCCAAGGGUGAGCAUGACGGCGACGAUAGUGACGACGACGAGGCUCAGCCCAAGCGCCAGUUCGAGAACGAAUAUGACCAGGCCCUUUACAGCAGUGACUCCGAUGAUGAUGGUGAAUCCGACGAUGAGGCUCCUAGGCAAAAGAAGAAGGCCCAGAAGGGUGGCAAGACAUACAUUGUUGAAGAUGACGACGAGCCUCUCGAUCUGCUCGACAAGAAGGCCUUGGCCAACAUCUCCUCUACCAAGCCUGUCAAAAUGCGCAAGCCCACACGCACCAAGGCCAAGGUCGACCUCGAUGGCAAGCUCAUCCUCGGCAAGGACAGUGACGACGAGGGCGCCAUGGACGUCGAUGAGCCUAACCCUGAGGCUUCAGGCGUUGGUGCCUACGUCGCCGCUCUCAAGGGCAAGGAUGUCGCCAAGCGCGGUCGCGGAGGCAAGCUCAAGUUCUCCAACCGUCGCACCAAGGACGACGACGAUGAGGACUUCGAGAUGGACGACAACGAUGUUGCCACAGUCAAGAGCAGGAUCAGCCCUGGACGGGAUAGGGGGAGCCGUGGAAGCUUCCGCGGUAGAGGAGCCGGUCGUGGCGGGAAGAGUGGAAGAGGAGGCAUCGCUGCAGGACGAAAGGGACUUGGUGUUGAGAAGAGACAUGGAGUGUCUGGCGUGGGAAAGCCUAGGAGAGGACGCAACUAG